AUGGCCACCAAUUUCGAACCUGGUACUCGUUGCUGGAUUCCUGACAAAGAAGAAGGUUGGCUAGGAGUUGAAGUCAAGGAGCUUACUCAUAGAAAUAACAGAUACCAACUUCAUUUGGUUAGUGAAGAUGGCGAGAAGAAUGUCGAUCUUGAGAUUCCCUCACUUGAAGAAGGAACUGAUGGUCUUCCCCUGCCAAGAAAUCAGGUCGAGACUGUUGAGGAUCUGACCGAAUUAUCUCAUCUCAAUGAGCCUUCCGUGUUGAACGCGAUAAGAACCAGAUAUGCUCAAUUAAACAUAUACACAUAUUCCGGUAUUGUUCUUAUAGCCAUAAACCCAUUUCAGCGUAACGACGAAUUGUAUUCUCAACAUCGUAUUCAAAGAUAUGCGUUCAAGCACAGAGGAGAAGAAGAACCUCAUUUAUUUGCCAUUGCAGAAGAGGCCUAUCGUUGCAUGAUCAAUGAGAAGCAGAAUCAAUCCAUUGUCGUCUCUGGUGAAUCUGGUGCAGGAAAAACCGUUUCAGCAAAAUACAUUAUGCGGUAUUUCGCCUCUGUUGAAACCGAUGAGAAGAAGCAUGAUAUGUCUGAAACCGAGAAGAGGAUCUUGGCUACCAAUCCAAUUAUGGAAGCAUUUGGUAAUGCCAAGACCACCAGAAAUGAUAAUUCUUCUCGUUUUGGUAAGUAUUUAGAGAUCCUCUUUGACAAAGAUGUUGUCAUCUGUGGUGCCCGAAUCAGAACUUAUCUUUUGGAGCGUUCACGUUUGGUUUUUCAACCUCAUACAGAGCGUAAUUAUCAUAUCUUUUAUCAGCUAAUGUCAGGCUUGGAUCCCUCUACUAAGAAGGAGUUUAGUCUCACCUCUACUUCUGAUUUCUUCUACUUGAACCAAGGUGGUGUGCCUGAAAUUGACGAUGUUGACGAUGCCAAAGAGUUUGAAGAUACAUGUCAGGCCUUGGCUAUGGUCGGCAUCGGUGGUGUAAAGCAGAAAGAGAGCUUUAGGAUUUUGGCUGGUUUGCUUCACAUUGGUAAUAUCAAUAUUCAAAGAACCAGAAAUGAUGCUAUCUUAUCUGCCGAGGAGCCAAGUCUUGUUAAGGCUUGUGAAUUGUUGGGAUUGAAUGCCCAAGACUUUGCUCGAUGGAUUGUUAAGAAGCAGAUCAAUACCCGUACCGAAAAGAUUAUUUCUAACUUGAACUACGAUCAGGCCAUUGUGGCUCGUGAUUCUGUUGCAAAGUAUAUAUAUGCUUCCCUAUUCGACUGGCUGGUUCAGUUCAUCAAUGUCAAUCUCUACACACCAGAGUCGGAGGCCCAAGUGGCCACUUUUAUUGGUGUGUUGGAUAUCUACGGUUUUGAACAUUUCGAGAAGAACUCUUUUGAGCAAUUUUGUAUCAACUACGCCAACGAGAAGUUGCAGCAAGAGUUUACUCAACACGUCUUCAAGUUAGAACAGGAAGAGUAUAUUAGAGAGGAGAUCGAAUGGUCUUUCAUCGAUUUUUCUGAUAACCAACCUUGUAUCGAUAUUAUCGAAGGUAAGCUGGGUGUCUUAGCUUUACUUGAUGAAGAGGCUCGCCUACCUUCCGGUAGCAAUCAGCAAUGGAUUGAUAAAAUGUAUCAGUCCAUGUUGAAGAAGCCUACCGAUGAUGUGUUCCACAAACCCCGCUUCAGCAACAAUAUGUUCAUAAUAUCUCACUAUGCUUUGGAUGUCACUUAUGAUUCCGAAGGAUUCAUUGAAAAAAACAGAGAUACUGUUUCCGAUGGUCAGCUGGAUAACCUUAAAGAUACAACCAAUAAUCUUCUUUCUGAAGUCUUGAAAACAGCUGAAAAAACUGCAGAAAAGCUGGGCCAAAAUCCUCAAGGUGGAAGAAGAACGGGGAUGAUGAGAAAGCCCACUCUUGGUAACAUCUUCAAGUCGUCUUUAAUUGAAUUGAUGAAAACUAUCAAUUCAACGAAUGCUCAUUACAUUCGUUGUAUCAAGCCAAAUGAACAGAAGAGGGCAUGGGAGUUUGAUUCGCUAAUGGUUCUCUCUCAGCUUAGGGCUUGCGGUGUUUUAGAAACAAUUAAGAUUUCCUGUGCCGGUUUCCCAUCACGAUCAACAUAUCUAGACUUUUUGAUCAACUUUGCGGUUCUGCUGCCAUCUACUGAGCGUGAGAAGUUUUUGCGUGGCGAGGCCUCUGAAGCGGAAGCUAAAGAGGCUACCAGAAUGCUUCUUGCCGGUGAGAUUAUGGAUAAUCAUAAAUACCAAGCAGGUAAGACCAAAGUGUUCUUCAAAGCGGGAAUUUUAGGUUACCUUGAGAAGUUGAGAUCUCAUAAGAUUAAGGAAUCUGCUAUUGUCAUCCAAAAAUACUUGCGUGGAUACCAGGUACGUCAACAAUAUUUGGCAGCCAUCGAAUCGUUGCGCUCUUUACAAGCACUACUCAGAGGUUACUUGGCCAGAAAACGGAUUCAGAAGCAGAUCGAGAAGGACUCAGCUACAGCAAUCCAGUCUCUUGUCAGAGGUUAUAUGCUGCGGAAGCAGUUCAACGAGAUUAUUGUUUCGCUUAUUGCUUUCCAGGCUUUCCUGCGUGGUGCUUAUCUCAGAUUGGAUAUUUCCCAGCAUUUGCGUUUGGAAGCUGCUAUAAGUCUUCAAUCUGUGUUUCGUGGUUAUUCCGUUAGAAAGGAGUAUUCUCAUACCGUGCGUGCUGCUACAAUCAUUGAAUGCUGCUGUAGACGUCUGAUGGCUAAGAAGAGGUAUGUUAAGUUACGUAAGGAGGCAAAGUCUUUGAAUCGUAUGAAAGAAGUUCAAUACAGUUUGGAGAACAAGGUGAUCGAGCUUACUCAAGGUCUCGCUUCUAAGGUGGAGCAGAACAGUAAACUUGUUACACAGAUUGAGCAACUUCAGAAGAAUCUUAAGGAUUCACAAGAUUCUCGGGAAAACUUCAAGAAGAGAGAACUAGAGAUAAUUUCUCUACACGACGAAGAGACAUCGGAGCAUCAGAAGGCAGUGGAGAAGCUGACGGCAGAUAUCUCUUUAUUCAAGAAGGAGUACGAGGAUGCCAAGGCCCAGGUGGAAGUGAUGAGUGCCUCUCAUGUCAAGUUAAAGGAGGAAUUGAGAGAAAACAUUUCUCAAUUGAAGAAGGCUCAGGAAGAGUUGGAUUCAAGCAGGCAAGAAAACGAGACUUUGCAUGGAUCUGUGGACAGAUUACAGAAAGAGCUCAAGGACCUACAGAAGCAGUUGAGUACGGCAGUUAUAGUGAAUGGCAGAAAUGGAGGAUUUAUUUCUACUUCUUCUUCGCCACUCCGUAGAAAUGUGGCCAGCUCGCCAACGAAUGGCAAUUAUGACGUAAGACCUGUCUCGAUCUUUGCUCCAACAACGAAAGAGGAGAAUAGCUUGGAGGCUAUCAAUACGGAAUUAUGGACCUUGCUAAAAGACGCCAAAACUCUGCAUAAGGAGGUUGUGGAUGGCCUACUAAAAGGUCUGCGGCUUCCUGCUGCAUCUGUGGCUUCCGAAUUGACUCGGAAAGAAGUUCUUUUCCCUGCAAGAAUUAUUAUUAUUAUCCUCAGUGACAUGUGGCGUCUUGGUUUGACAUCGGAAUCUGAAACAUUCCUUGGAGAAGUGUUGUCGGUGAUUCAAAACAUCGUUGGCUCUCUUAAAGAGGACGAUGUUAUUGCCCACGGUGCAUUUUGGCUAACCAAUACCCACGAGCUCUACAGUUUUGUGGCCUAUGCUCAGUCGACGAUUCUCGCUAAUGAUGCUAUUUCUAAGGACAUGACGGACUCUGAAUACGACGAAUACUUGAAGCUUGUUGCCGUUGUUAAAGAGGACUUUGAGUCUCUUUCUUACAAUAUCUACAACAUGUGGAUGAAAAAGAUGCUCAAGGAUCUCGAGAAGAAGUGUAUUUCUGCUGUUGUUCUAGCUCAGGCUUUACCAGGAUUUGUAGCACCAGAGUCUCCUUCCCCCCUUAUUACAAAGAUGUUUCACAACGAGCCUAAGUACAAGAUGGAUGACGUUCUUACUUUCUUUAACACGGUAUACUGGUCGAUGAAAGCAUACUUUAUCGAACCUCAAGUGAUCAAUGAGGUAAUCAUUGAGCUUCUCAAGUUUGUUGACGCCCUUUGCUUCAACGACUUGAUCAUGAGAAGAAACUUCCUCUCAUGGAAGCGUGGUCUUCAAUUGAACUACAAUGUUACCAGACUGGAAGAAUGGUGCAAAGCGCAUGAUAUCCAAGAAGGAUCGACAUAUUUGGCACAUCUAUUGCAGGUCUCGAAGCUAUUACAACUUCGUAAGAAUACUCCAGAUGAUAUCGAGAUCAUCUACGAGAUCUGUUAUGCUCUAAGGCCGGUGCAGAUUCAGAAAUUGAUCUCACAAUAUCACGUUGCAGAUUAUGAAACUCCGAUUUCUCCAGCGGUGACUAAGGCAUUGGCAGAUAAAGUAAAGAAGACAGGAGGAUCGACCGACUUCUUCGAGCCAUUAAAUGCAGAAGGCCACUUUGAAGAUCCAUUCCGUCAUGUUGAGUUACGUCCAUUCCAUCGCGUUGAAGCUUACGUUCCAGCGUGGUUGAACGUUCCUGUUAUUCGGAGAAUCGUGGAGUUGGUUACAAAGAAUGCAACAAUUCAAGAAGCUCUCCAAAGACAGCUGCUGUUAAAGGAGGAGGAAAGAGAAGGAGAGUUGGCGCAGAAUGGAAAUACUAACGGCUACAGUGAGGCUGAGACUGUGCAGAAUUAA